CUUGACAGGCAGUUUGCUGUUGUAUCUCGCAAUUCUGAACUCACCUCCCGGGGAUCUUAGUUAUCACACUUCGGUAUCAGGUGUCACCAAGACGAGGCGGGGAUCCAUGGAUGUUUGGAUCAGUUGGUGGGGCGGCCGUUGCCAGGCGUUGCGCACAGGCCACUUAUGGAACUGCAGGACGGCCGCUGUCGCGAUACGAAAUCCCAAAGCGGCGGACUUCGAAGCCAGCGCCAACCCCCCCAACCCCACAUCGAUCUUCAACACCGUAUAUGGCAGGAGACUGAGCGCGCACGCCACCUGGCCGUAACGACAGAUUGAGAAAUGACGGCAGACAGGCCCCGAAAUUGUUGAAGAACUCGAACAUUCAUGCGUCGAACAAAGAGCCGGCCGGCAAAUCGAAUGCGAAUACCGGGAGCGUUACGAGUGUCGAGAGGGUCAAGUGUGGAGGGCAAAUGGCCGGGCCGUCCGCCAUGUUGAGCGCCUCGGCGACACCCACUCAGAGGUCAUAUGUUCCCCAGUCGCAGCAGCAACAACAGCAACAGCAGCAGCAGCAGCAGCAGCAGCAGCAGGAACAGCAACAAAACCAGCAGCCUGGGAACCCUCGACCGAGCCUCGAACGCGAUGGCCUGCAGCCUCCCGUCUCCAAUGGCGGCCGUAAUCUCUCGGCCUCCGCCGUGAGCUUUGCGUCCCGCGGCCCAUCGCUCAACCCGUCGCCCAUGCCCGGUAGCUUCAGCUCUGAGCUCCGUAGCCAAACAAACAUCUCUCGCGCCGGCUCGCGACUUGACAUGUUCCCUGCGCUAGAGAAGUUGGACGAGGACGAUGAUGGCCCGGUUCAGGAAAAGACCAUCACCCACCUGCGCGAAGCCCUCGGCCGCGAGAUGAAAAUUAAGGAGGGGAGCGAGAACAUGUUGGAAGCGCUGAACUCUAAGAAGGCGAAGCAAACCAAGGAGCAGCGGCAAAGGGUGGAGGCCGAAUUAAACUCGUCCAACAUACGCAUCAAGGAGCUGCGCCAGAAGAUCACAGAUGCCCAGCGGGUGAAGGCCGCGCCAACCACACCCACGCGGACGAGGACAGAGGCCCUGUUCCCCGGCUCCAAUGGCUUGCGUUCUCCCCCCAGCGCGUCUCGGAGCGGCGCCGGGUCCGACGUCGACGAGCCCACCGAGUCACCAACCUUUGCGCUUACAGAGAUUCUGCAGGCCCUAGAAAUACCGGGCAUGACUCCAGACUACUACGUAUCCAGAGCGAAUAGCCUAGUUGACCUCUUCAAGCGACACCCCACACUCAAAUAUGACUUGGUAUGGUCCGUGUUCGGCCUCCGGAUGCAAGCCAUGCUCCUGAGCGAGAGCCGCGAGGUGGUUGCUGCAGGGUACAGGAUGAUACGAUACGCCAUUUCGGACAUCAGCUCCAUCAGAAACAUACGUGCCCUCAAUACUGACUAUCUCGUGACGUGGUCCCUAAUCAAAGAUCGCAAAGCCGACGUUGAACGUGAGCAGGCCCUCAAGUUUGUGCGUGCCUUCCUUGAUGUCAAAGACGGUGUGCGCGAAAUCUCGAGAGCUGUCGUCAGGUCGAUAGCCGCCGCGGCAGAAGAGCCCGAGGAGAGGUUACGGCCAAUCUGCAUCGAGACCCUGGCCGAGAUCCUCGUCCGCGACCCCCGGCUGUUGAUUGUUUCUGGAGGGAUGGGCCCUUUGCAUGAAGCGUUAGCCGAUGGUUCGUACAAGGCAUCCGAGAGCUUGACAGCAGCCUUCCUCUACCUCUUGGACGCGCCACAUCGACGGAAGUACCUGCGUCCUGGGAACGAGCUGGAGAUACUCUUCACCGCCUUUACCGACGAGCUGUCUUCCAACGAACGGUUUCUAAAGCAGAGCGUCAAAGCCGUAGGCUCGGCUCUGAGAACGUGGUCCGGUCUUAUGAGCUUGUCCAUGUACAACUUCCGGGCCAUUAAGUCCAUGAUCACUAGUAUGGUCGUUCAAGCCGGGCCCAUUCGCGAGGCCAUCAUAGAUCUCAUAUUUUCCCUUCUGCGCAUCAAGCCCCCGGCGUGGGCCACGUCAUUCUUAGCUGGCCGGCGGCUCACCACCUAUGGCCGAGUUACGAAUCUCAAAUCGGCCACCAAGGGCUCCCAACCCGACUACGAGGAAGACGGGGGAGAACAGAAUUUUCUGGAGCACUACACAACCCUCUUGCUUGCGGUAUUUAUCAAGUCCGGAGUGAUCCCGGCCCUUCUCGAGCUCACCCAAACAAACGACAGUGGAACCCUCAGGCGCAAAUCGGCGCUGUUGAUAGGCGAGGUCUUGAAGCUGUCCAGCCGUCUCCUCCCGCCGUCCUGGAGUAGCCAUCUACAACUACUUCCCGACCUGUUCGCCGCGGCCGCGAAUCUCAAAGACGAAAGUCAUUUCGCAGCCACCGGGGUCAUUUACCAGAUAAGCAGCGUCAGCAGAACUCUGUACCGCUCUUCCCCAUCGUCCUACCUCCCUUCCACGCAUCACAACAUGGACCUGAACGCGCUCGACGAUCACCCCAAGGCCAACACAUCAACAACCUUCGAUGAUGGAACGUUCCGACAGCUUCUCCUCGAAUCAAAUGUCCUCAGUAGCUCCAAUUACACGAAGUGGAACUGGGAGGUCAUGAUUAGGCUCAUCGAAGGGCCCCUAACGAGCGGUAAGAGGCUCGAGGAGGCUAUCAAGGCGUCCAAGUUCAUUAAACGCAUCAUGAGUUUCUACCGCCCGUUCAAGUACAAGUUUUCGGAAAUCAAGAGCUCAAGGGGCACGCAAAAGUACGUCCGGACCGGGUGUUCCCUGAUGCACGCCCUGCUUCAGAGCCCCGAAGGUGUCAAGUACCUGUCCGACAACAAGCUACUACGCCAAGUUGCCGAGUGCUUAGCCCAGUGCGAUCCAACAAGUGGGUUGACCGCCCAGGACCCUAUGUUCUCCAAGGACCGUCUCGCCGACACCCUUUGCGGUGGCUACUUUCCCAUGCUCGGCGUCUUGACCGCAGAUGUCAAGGGGUUGCAGAUGAUGGACCGAUGGCGCAUCUUCAACAUGCUGUACCGGAUUCUGGACCUGAAGCAGCGGCCGGACCUCAUCAAGCUAAUGCUCUCCAAUUUUGACUACUCCCUCCAAGGCCACCCUCGAGUUCUCUUGUCCAAGGCUCUGACGGCCGGGACGAAAGACAUCCGGAUCUACGCGACAAACGCAUUGAGGAAGUUUGCCACACACCCGCGGAUGGGGCCCCAUGGCCCGGAACCCGGCGAUUCGAAGUGGGCGAUCCAGCUUCUCGUGACGCAGCUGUACGACCCAGAAGUUGAAGUGUGUGCCACUGCGGUCAAGAUUCUUGAAAAGGCCUGCAACACAAAGAAUCAUCUCGAGUACAUUGUCGAAUGCCGGCCAGCGCUGGACCACCUAGGCGAGAUAGGAGCUCCCCUUCUCCUGCGCUUCCUCUCGACAUCGAUCGGAUACCACUACCUGGACGGGCUGGACUACAUUAGCAACGAGAUGGACGACUGGUUCCUGGGCCGAAACGACUCGUACGUUGGCGUCAUCGAGGCAAGCCUCGCGCGGUCUUUCAUGGACCACCAGGACGACCAUACGAACCGAAUCAGCGUGUUUGACGAGCAGCAGGAGAUGGAGGCCGACAACCACGUGCCGCCACACUUCUACCGCGAGCUCACUCGGACCCAAGAGGGCUGCAAGCUCCUCAGCGACAAGGGCCACUUUGACGAAUUCGCCGCCACGAUCCGCGAGUACGGCAUGCAAUCCGACGACCACGAAAUGAUGGUUAAGGUAAAAGGCUGCCUCUGGGCAGUAGGCAAUGUCGGCUCGAUGGAGCUCGGCGCCCCGUUCCUCGAAUCCUGCGACGUGGUGGAACAGAUCAUCGAGAUCGCCCAAAACCACGAGGUCAUGAGCCUGCGCGGGACCGCCUUCUUCGUUCUCGGACUCGUCUCCCGCUCCAUACACGGCCUCGAGAUCCUCUCAGAAAACGGCUGGGAUGCAAACACCAACAUCCUCGGCCACUCCUUCGGCCUGUGCAUCCCCUCGGACCUCUCCCAACUCUUCUCCCUCAAGCCGUGGCACCACACGCCCGUCACCGCCAUCGAGCUCCCAGACAGCCAAAAGACCGAAACCGCCAAACUCCCCGCGGUGCCGUCCCGCCCGCGCUCCGAGUCGCUCAUCAAAGCGCUGCAGGAGGCGGAACAAGAAGCCGCGACGACGGCGGCGGCGGCGGCGGCGGGCGGCUUGGCGCCGUCGGACGCGGCGCUGCUGCCGCCGCGCGUGGAGCUCGACCCGGACCCGACCAGCCACCGCAUCCUGGAGCUGGUCAUCGACAUGUCCAACAUGGUGCUCUACCGCCGCGCCCGCAACGAGCUGAUGCAGAUCAAGUCCCAGGGCCGCGCCGCCGGCUUCGCGCAGCCCCGCCUCUUUCGGAAGGUCAUGUCCCUGCUCGAGUGCCACCACUAUCGGUUGGUUGAUCGGAAUAUGAUUGUGAGCUUGUUUGAGAAGGGUGUGUUGAGGGCGGUGGUGUAUGGGGAGGAUGGGAGUGCUGGUGGGGGGAGUGGGGGGGAGGAUGAGGAUAGUGAGGAUGGGGAUGAUAGUGAUGAGGAGGAGGAGGAUGAUGAUGACGAUGAUGAGGAGGAGGAGGAGGCCCAGGGCGAGAGGCGGGUGGUGCCGAGCGUGCCGGUUAGGGAGGGUGGGAGGGAGAGUGAGAGCGAGAGUGAAGAGGAGGAGGAGGAGGAGGAGCGUGAGGAGGCGGAUGAUAGAGAGGAAGAGGAGGAGAAAGAAGGGGGGGAAGAGGGCAGCGAUAGUUCGGGUGACGAACAGCGCACGGAGCGGCAGAGGAGUGUGAGUGAUCCGGCAGACAUCAAGAGGCGGGGAAUGACAAUGGGGUUCGGCCGAUAGUGGGCCACGGCAUCGUGAUAUACUUCCUAUUUCUGGCUAUCAUACGAAGACGGAGCGCGAGACGAGUUGGGGCGCGAGACACGGAUCGGCGUCGGUUGUAUUUCUGCAAAAGUAGGGGCGCGUGGCGGUCAUGGUUAGGUAUGGUGGACUUUGCAUCUAGGGGGUUGGUGGCCGGGUCUCGGUGCUGAGGGAUAGGAAAGCGGUUGGCGUUCGAAGCAACUUCUUCAUUAAGGACCUUUGGUCCAUUUGCAAUGUACAGUAUCCGGGCCGUGAUGGGCCGGGAAUUGCAAUUGGAAACGAUAAAAGAACUCGAGGGUCCAGUCCAUUCCGCCUAUUCUGU